UAUAAUUAAUUAAUCGAUUGUUUUUAAUUUUAUUCAAUCGAGAAUUAUAAUCUCCUGAUAUAUUUCGAAAGAAAAAUACCAAAUAAAUCAUAAAUUCAAUAAAAUCAAUCAUGUUCAUAUUGGAUUUUUUCAGUGGUGUUCUCGGUUUUCUAGGUCUUUGGAAAAAGAGUGGUAAACUUUUGUUUCUCGGUCUAGACAAUGCAGGUAAAACGACAUUGUUACAUAUGCUCAGAGAUGAUCGUAUGGCUCAACAUGUACCGACGUUACAUCCCAGUGAGUUGAACAAAAAUUAUUUAUUGAGAAAUCAAUUUUACCAUCUUAUUUUUUUACAUCUCAUAGCAUCGGAAGAAUUAUCGAUUGGAAAUAUACGUUUCACAACCUUUGAUUUAGGUGGUCAUUCACAAGCUCGUCGUGUAUGGAAAGAUUAUUUUCCAGCUGUCGAUGCAAUUGUAUUUCUUAUCGAUGCUUGCGAUCGUGUACGUUUUCCAGAAGCAAAAUAUGAACUAGAUAGUCUACUGUGUGAUGAACAAUUAUCUAAUUGUCCUGUUCUGAUAUUGGGCAACAAAAUUGAUAAAAUGGGUGCCGCAAGUGAAGAUGAAAUUCGUGGUUACUUUAACCUAAACGGUCAAACCACUGGAAAAACUAAAAUAGCCAAAAGUGACCUACCCGGAAGACCGCUAGAAUUGUUCAUGUGUUCAGUGUUACGGCGACAAGGUUAUGGUGAAGGAUUUCGUUGGAUAGCGCAAUAUAUUUGAAAGAAAAAUUUUUGAAAAAAAAGUCAACCAAUUAUAAAAAA